GACCAGUAGUGGCUGGAAGUGGAUGGCAGUGGAUAGUGUCUAAUGUCUAAUGGCCAGUGGCCAAUUCCCUGGCCACCAGCGGGCAUCGAAUGCGACUUGCUGACCAAGAGUGUCGCCCGCUGUGAUUGGGAAUGCCAAUUUCAGCAAUUAACAAUGGCCAUAAAAGCCUGGCGGACAGGUGAGUAAAGCCGUCUUAAGCGCAGCGGAUGUUCGCUACUAAGUAUCUGAGAUACCAGAUAGCACUCGCCAGAUACCAGACACCAAAUUUCAGAUGGGGGGGUACACAUACAUGGGGCUUACACAUGCAGCACACCGUGGAUUAGCAGAGUGUGAAGCGGAGGCGGAAACGAUCUGAAUCCCAAUCGGAAUCCGGUGCUAAUAUGUAUCUCAAUCCGAUCCAGUGUGGGGCACUAACCCGUAAACAAAAGCCAAAGGCCGCUGUCGAACAUUAAUCAGCAGAUCGACCCGCUUAUUGCACGCAGAAAAAUAUAUUGGCUAAUUAGUCAUCAGUUUUAUGGGUUUUAUGAUUUAUUACAGUUGCUGUGCUAUAAUUUUGUUGAAGAUGCUCCCACAGCAUUCAAUAAACCGAUAAGAAAUCACAGAAAACUUCGGAAAACCAGCUUCCAAAUGCCAGCAAAAAUUAAGUGAAGUUAAGUUAUGGCUUUCUGCUACUAAAACAACUAAUAGCGAAUCUAUCAAAUGUUAUAUUCAGCAAUAUUGUAGUAAUACUACUACAAUGUAUUUCAAAUGUAUCUCAAAUCGAUUGCAAGCCUUAAUAUUAUUUAUUUCCCAUAAAGUUCUAAUAAAUGUAGGAAUCAUUAACCAUUAGUAGUCCAGCUAUUAAACUUUUCUCUCGGUGUGGCAACAAAGUAGCAACAUUUAGAAAAACAAGACACGAGUCAUAGCUGCUGCUCUACAAAGUAUCUAUAUUAUUGCCCUUUGGCGGAGACUUCACAGCUCCAGCUCCAGCAUCAACUUCAACUUCACGAGCGUUCAAGGCGCUGCAAUCGCCGAGUUUGGGAUGGAGUGGUGGGGGGCAUCGGUGGGGGGCGGUAGUUCAACGACUCGAUAACAAUAAGAUGUUGAAAGUAUCCGAUAUUCGGUAUUCGGCGGGUGGGGAAGUGUUGGCCCGACCUUGGCCGGAUUGACCGCUUAGAGCACUCGAAUUCGAUUGAAUUGGCCCCAAGUGGCUGGCUACGUUGGCCCAAACACGCACUCACUUCCUGGCCAGCUGGCUGGCGUGACCCAUUGCCAUUGACCCAUUAUGUGACGAGCAGAGCCAGAACAGAAAUGUGAAAUGCCAAAUCCCAAAUCCCAAGCCCAACUUAAACCCAAUUCCGAUUGCAGUUCGUAACAAAGGCGGCUGAAUGUGCCGUGCACUCUGGUCGGGAAUUCGGAAAUUGACACGUUCGACGGCUGCGGCACAUAAACAAGUUUGAUUGUUACGAAACACGGGCAUUGAAAUUAAAAAAUGAAGAUGUCGAGACCGCGACACCUGAAUUAUUUGCAGCCCUUAUCGAAUAAGUACACACAACUCCCGGUAUGAGUCGCAAAAACCAAAUUAGAAUAUCAAUCGCACACACUCACAGACACGCGGGGCAAUCAUCUAUCUGAGCAGCCAUUUUAUGAGCCGCACGGAGAUGGAGAUACAGAUGCAAAGAUACACACUCGCACACAGUGCGUACUGCUGUAUCGGCUGGGACAUUGCAUGUCCAUUCUAAAACCCGCUGGCUGGCAGAAGCCUGAAAUAUUGAACCGAUAUUGGGCAAACGCGUUUUCCAAACCGCUCGACCGAUCGGCUCCCUCCGAUCCGAGCGAUCAGUCCCGCUCACCAACACAGCGGCCAGAGCGUGCCAAGCUAUAGCGCUCCGAUCCGAUCGGAUCCGAGGCCCUCACCUCACCUGCCUGGCUUUCGCUUUCAGUUGCUGCUCGCCGCUGCCGCCGAUUGGUGUUGCUUCUUGCCUGAGUCGCGUCGCUUCGUCGUCGCUUCGUUGCUGCCGUGUUCCGAACUCCGACGCAAGGAUAACACCCUUUAGUGGCCACUCCCACACCUUUGGCAUGUGGUGAGCUGGAAAGUGAAGUGCGAUACUCUGUGCUCAUUGCUGCUACUUGUUGCGGCUGCUGCAUCUUAAAAGCCGACGCGAGGAUCACGCCUAGAAGCAGUGUGUAGCAUAUAUAGUUGCCGCUCCUUUGGCAUGUGGAGCACUUGAGUGCCAAGUUGAAAUCUCACCGUAGCGUUGCUGCUGUGUCCUUUGAUACUAGUUCGCUUUAGUAGCCCAUUUCAUUGGCAUGUGUUAAAAGUGAGUGGCACGUGAUUCUGUGAUUCCCCAUUGGCUAGUGUACUUUCCCACCGAAAAACAUGGACACGGACCAGGAGUCGAACAACCAUCGCGGUUCGGUCUCGUCCAGUCGCUCCCUGGAGAUUCCCGCCACGCCCUCGCGGUCGCCCAAAAAAGUUUCCUUCUCGGAUGAGCUGCCCCAGUCGCAAACUCCUGCCCAGCAACCCAUACAGCAGCCAGCGCCCACGGUUGUCAGUCACGUGCUCCAGCAGGCUGCCCAGUAUCUGGAGCGAUUGCAUGGCGCACGUGAUUCCCCCGAGGAAGAGGCGGAGGAAGUGCAGCCAGAUGGCGAGAGAGCUGAUAGCAGAGAUAUGGGGGAAGCGGCCGUUCUGCAUUUGGAUGCAGUGGAGGCUAGUGCUGAUGAACCGGCGGCAAAUGCUGGCCCAAUUGUGGCCAGCUCGCCGAGUAUUCUAGUUGCCAGCGUUGGCAAGCAGGAAGCGAUUGCCAGUGCAAAUGGAAAUGGGAAUCCGAAUCAGCGGCAAUCAAAUUUGUACAUGGAACGAUACAACCUCAAUUUAGAUAAGAACUGCAGCUCCAUGGAGCUGGAGGCGCGACGGGAGAAGCAGCGCUGGCUUCUCAUAUCCGAGUGCAGUGCACUUUUCGACGAGGGCGAGGGCAAACACACCAGGGAGGCCUUCCGCAAGCUCUUCCUGGACGAGGAAUUCCAGCAGAAGCUCUUCCAGCUGUUUGAUCUCGAGCGGAAUGGCUACCUCCUGCAAGAUCGCUGGAUCGAGCACCUCAAGGGUCGGCUAACGGACGAUCGCCAGAUGGACUUUGCCGAGCAAAUCGAAUCGGUCGCCUAUGUGAUCUGCGGCGAGAAUAAGAGGGUUUCCUUCAAGAACUUCCGCGACAUCUGGCAUACCAGAGGGAUCCUCGACAAGCUUUACCGCCUGAUUGAGGUGGAUGGAAGCAACUUGGUGUCCACCAACCAGGUGAUGGAGUUCAUCUCCCAUCUGACCAACUCCCGACCAAGGACCGGAUUCGACAAGAGUUCGCUGGCCCGGCUAGAGCAGCUUUUCCGUACUACCGUGGGAAACGAGCAGGAAAUUCGGCGGGAGGAGUUCCAGAAGAUAGUUACCUCAAAAAAUCCUUUCUUCACAGAGCGCGUUUUCCAAAUCUUCGAUAAGGACAACUCGGGUUCCAUUUCGCUGCAGGAGUUUAUUGAUGCGAUACACCAGUUCUCUGGUCAGUCGGCAGAUGACAAGAUCCGCUUUCUGUUCAAGGUCUAUGAUAUAGAUGGUGACGGGCUCAUUCAGCACAAGGAGCUGCACGAUGUUAUACGGCACUGCAUCAAGGAGAACGGCAUGGAGUUCUCCGAGGACCAGAUCGAGGAUCUCACCAGCGCUAUGUUCGAGGAUGCUGAUCCACACAACAGCGGUGAAAUCACGUACGAGGCCCUGAAGAACCAGCUCCAUAAGCACGGUGGCCUACUGGAGAACCUGAGCAUAACAAUCGAUCGCUGGUUGGUGCCCAUCGCAGAGGAUCGCCAGGCGGCAGGAGCUGCCAAGAGCGGUUUCUGGAACUCCCUGCCCCAUCAGUUCUCGCUGGCCUACAUGAAGAACAACCAGGUGUUCGUCACGUACCUCUUCUUCUAUAUCACCGUCAAUCUGUGCUUGUUCAUAUCCCGCGCUAUCCAGUACCGUGCUAGUAAUGGAUUCGUCAUCAUAGCUAGAGCUUGUGGGCAAUGCCUCAACUUCAACUGUGCCUGGGUCCUCGUACUUAUGCUGAGGCAUUCGCUGACUUACCUCCGCGGUCGUGGGCUGUCCUCGUAUCUGCCACUGGAUCACCACGUCUAUCUGCACAAGCUCACGGGCAUCACGAUCUCCGUACUGAGCUUGGUUCAUACGAUAAUGCAUCUGUUCAACUUUUCCAUCAUCGUGAUCAACGAUCCAAACAUUAAUGCGGGUCAUUACACCAUAGGGGAAUGGCUGCUUACAGAUCGUCCUGGACUGUUUGGCCUGAUACCAGGCUGUGCCAAUCCCACGGGCGUAGCUCUCCUGGCCAUCCUGGUGGUGAUGUUUGUGUGCUCACAGCCCUUUGUUCGACGGAAAGGUAGCUUCGAAGUCUUCUAUUGGACCCAUCUACUUUACGUGCCCUUCUGGAUACUGUGCCUCUUUCAUGGCCCCAACUUUUGGAAGUGGUUCCUGCUGCCAGGACUCGUUUACAUCGUGGAAAGGGCACUUCGCUUCAUUUGGAUGAGGGGAGAGCACGGCAAGACGUACAUCAGCUCAGGGCUGCUUCUGCCUUCCAAAGUGGUGCAUCUGGUGAUCAAACGACCACAUCACUUUAACUUCCGACCCGGAGAUUAUGUCUUCGUGAACAUCCCGGCCAUUGCCAACUAUGAGUGGCAUCCGUUUACCAUUAGUUCGGCGCCCGAGCAGGAGGACUACAUGUGGUUGCACAUACGCACCGUGGGCGAGUGGACCAAUCGCUUGUACCGCUACUUUGAGCGGGAGCAGCAAAAACUGCAGCAAAGUGGCUCCCCGCAAGAUAUUCCCCAACACAUGCACGCCAUUCCCACGCCCAGUUUCAUGCUCCUCAAUGAAGCUCGCAACCCUGCGAUAGCCGGAGAAAGAUCGGCUACGCCGCAAACAGAUUUCCUGGCCAGGAAUUUGGGUGUGCAGGCUGUGCCGCCAGUGCGUCCGCCCCGCCAGAACCGCAAGCCCGCGCCAGGAGUUCCUUCCGAUCCUCCAGCCACAGGUGUUAACCGCAUACGCAGCAUCAAGAAGAGUCUGCAGCGAACAUUCUCCAGAAAGGAGGCUGCGGACCCCAAGAAGGGCAUUCCGAACGGAGCUUUCAUUGGCGAUGGCGAGCGGGAGGACUCCAACUUGAAGCAGAGACCGCUGGAGAAGAGCAUAUCUCUGCCGGACAUCAGCGUGAAGAGCAAAAAGCGGAGUCGCCUCAAGGCCCUCCGAGCUUUGGGUCGCUCCGAAUCUGAGUCUGCCUUUGAUGAGAAGCGGGUGCGCCGUGCCAGGAACAACAGCGUGGGAUUGGCCUACCUCAGUCCGCAAAACAAAUCUCUGGCGCAGAGUUUCCGAUACAUGCGUACCAAGCCCACUAUUAUCGCCUUCAAGACGCCCAGCAUGGAGGAACGGGAGCAUCAGGUGGCGGCUGGAGAAGCCAACGGAGCAAGUCCAGCUAGCCGAGCAGAACAGGGUCAACUGGGUUUGAAGGUGGAUGCAGCGGACAAGUUGCAGGUGGCCAGACUGAGCCUGUCGGCCGAGGGGGCCUCCAAGCCGUUGGAGGACCAAACACAGACGGGAUCGCCUAGCAGAAAAUCUAUUCUGCGACGACCCACAUUCCUGCGCUCCCUGUCCGCCUCCAUAAAUAACAGAGCCGGAGGAGGCGGUGGGGGAUCAACUGGUAGCUCCACAACUAACAGCGGUGGCAAAGUCACACUUGAUGCGGGAUUCAUGGAGAUAUUUAUCGAUGGCCCAUAUGGAGCACCCUCGAGUCACAUUUUCGGAGCCCAGCAUGCGGUGCUGAUUGGCACGGGCAUUGGAGUCACACCGUUUGCCUCCAUUCUGCAGUCCAUCAUGCAUCGGUACUGGAAGGCCCGGCACAGUUGCCCGAGAUGCCAGUUCGAAUGGGCCAGCGAAAUACCUAAGUCUGUGAUGAAUCUGCGCAAGGUAGACUUCUUCUGGAUCAACAGGGAUCAAAGAUCCUUCGAGUGGUUUGUCAAUCUGCUAUCCCAGCUGGAGAUCGAGCAGGCAGAGUUGGGCGGAGCCAUGGAGCGAUUCCUGGACAUGCACAUGUACAUAACAAGUGCGCUGCAAAGAACCGACAUGAAGGCAGUGGGUCUUCAACUAGCUUUGGACUUACUGCACGAAAAGGGCAAGCGGGAUCUGAUCACGGGUCUCAAAACCCGCACCAAUGCCGGCAGACCCAACUGGGAUAAGGUGUUCAAGCAGCUCCAGGCCCAGCAAAAGGGGAAGGUCACCGUCUUCUACUGCGGCCCGCCACAGUUGGCCAAAACGUUGAGAUACAAGUGCGACCAGUACGGAUUCGCCUUUCGUAAGGAGUGCUUCUGAACAAGCCCCCACAUCCCUCGCCCACAUCUCCCCGUCCACUUUCAUCUCCUCCUCUCGCUCUGUGUCAAUCCCCUUCGUUCAUCGUGUUCUCAUUUGCAUAAGCAACGGGUUUAUUUCGGGUUCGGUUCGGUUUAGCGUAGCUUAGAUGGCUAUUUAUUCGUCACUUGUCUUGUUGCCUCAUUGUUGAGUGUGUCCGCAGCUUGUAAAUAUCUAUAUCUAUCUGUAUAAUCUAUAUGCUCAUGCAAUAAAGUUUGUUACCCAAUGUGCCGUCCAA